GGCAUUUCCAUAAUUGUCUUCCUCAGAAGGCUGCCUAAAAUAGCCAAUAUCAAAGUCAAUUUUUGUUAAAACACAGUGCCAGGAACUAGGUGGAAUAGAAAUGAAGAAUGACCUAUAUCUAUCCAACUGAAAAUUUAAUUCUUGUAAAACAUAAUAUGAAGUGAUAUAAAAUACUUUGAUGGCUCAAGGUUGUUGUUAAGUGCUGGCUUGUAAGUUAUUUAUUGUCCAUAACAAUUGAAGUUCAGAAGAAGGAAGAAAACUUGGGAAUUUGACCUGGUUGAGGAAGGUUUUAUGCUAGACAGUAGAACUUGAUACUAUCUUAAAAGGUGAUGAGAUUAAGCAGACAGAAUUCAUCCUAAAUAAGAACAUAGCUUAAGCAAAAGCACAUAAAGGAAGGGAUGAGAUAUGACUGAAAUAACUGGCAAUUGUUACUGACCUCAGAGUCGAGAGACCAGGGCUUAGGUUCUUGCUAACAUGUGAUGUUGGACAGUUUACCUUAGGCUUUCUUUGCCUUUUCCCUCAUUCCCUGACUAAUCUCACAGUUGACAGGAUAAAUUGACACAUUAAGAAGUAUGAAAUGGGGGCCAGGUAUGGUAGCUGCACGCCUUUAAUCCCAGCACUCAGGAGCCAGAGGCAGGUGGAUCACUAUGAGUUUGAGGGCAGCUUGUUAUACAAAUAGAGUUUCAGGACAACCAGAGCUAUAUAAAGAGCCCUUGUCUCUUUAGAAGUGAGGCAGGCAAUAAGGAUGUAACGCUGCAAGCUAGAGAUCUCAAGCAGCUCACAGACUAGAGAUAAAUACUCUUCAGAACACACAGCUGUUUGAUGUUGUUUUGUUGUUUAUAUUAUCCGGAAUUUUAAAACUAGAUCACAUAUAAAGUUCAAAUCUGGGUCUUCAGACGGUUGAACUUGUAGCAGUGCCAAGAUUUUAUCCUCACAUGACAAAACAUAACUAGAUGGGCACAUGGAGAUCCUGCUGGGUUCCUGGUUUGCUGUAAUCUGCAUACACUGUUGUCUUCUGGACACUUGGAAGUCAUAUGUCUUUAUUACAUAGUGGCUUUUCUGACUGGAAUAAAAAUAGGAAAACCAAAAUGGAAUGAAUCCCUAGCAUAGCAUAGUGGUACACACCUAUUAUCCAGUUCUUAAGAAGCUGAGAUGAGCGCACUACUUCAAGUUCAAGGCCAGCCCGGACUAAAUGGAAUGAUACACCAUCAAGAUGCUGUCUCAAAGACAAAACAACACCUAGGCAUAAUGGCAAACACCAUCCCAGCACUUGGGAGACAAGCAAUUGGAUCUCUGUGAGUUCAAGUCCAGCCUGGUCCACAUGAUGAGUUCCAGGACAACCUAGGACUCUGUCUUGGGGUGGGGGUGGGGGAUGAAAAAAUGAAAUAAGAUGAGCAUGUGGUUCUACUCAUUUAGCAUCCAUGUGGCUUAUUUCACAUUUGCAUUUAUAUUUGAUUGAUUAUAUUUAUAUAUGAUUCAUUAUAUAAAGCCAGUCAGUCUCUCUCCCCCUUCCUGAGGCACUUGUGAAAUACAAGUUUUUUGAGCCAAGAAAUAACAUGAGCCAGCUACAGUAUCUAAGGAAGAUUCUCUAGAAGCUAAAACAGAAUAACAGAAGGAAGUACACUAGGCAGUUAUUGAAGUUAUCCAAGUAUGUGGUCACCAGACCCUCUAGGUUAGAGUAGUAGCUUGGAAGUUGACUGAGCCACGGUAGCUGGCUUCUACUUUCUGUCGAAGAAGAGAGAUCAUGAGUAAAGUGUGAGAUUGACUGUGGAAAGUUGAUCAAGCUUCUGGACUCUCUGAUAAUCACUAAUUCAUCAUUUACUUUUUAAAUUUUAACUUUUCUCUCAAAUGCUGAUACUCUGCCUUGAGCACGAUGGCACGUGCGUGCGUGCGUGCGUGCGUGCGUGCGUGCGUGCGUGCGUGCGUGUGUGAGCAGUAGGUUGACAUUAGGUGUCUUCUCCACCACACUCUACCUAAAAUAAGGUCUCUCACUGAGAUUUUACCUGCUGUGCCAUCUCCCCAUCAUUGUCUGCAUUUUAGAAAGCAUGUGGCGUGUGUGGUGUGUGUGUGUAUAUCUGUAUGUAUGUGUGAGGGAGUGAGUAGGGCACUCACGCCAUAAUGUAAUGUGGGGGUCAGAGAAGACUUUCAGGAGUUGGUUUUCUCCUUACACUCUACAAUCCAAGGAUCAGACUCAGAUCAUCAGGCUUGUCUACAAACCAAUUUUACCUACUGAGUUAUCCUUCUGGCCAUCUGCAUUUUUUAUGUAUUUUCUCAAAUGCUGCUUUUAAAAGCCAGCUGUGGGGCAUGGAGAUAUUCUUCUGACAUCAGUACUCUAAAGCCAGCUCUGGGGCAUGGAGCACCAUUCUUCUGACAUCAGUACUCUACAGCAGUGGUUCCAAGACUUUAGAGGCGCUGCUUUUAACUACCAGUUUCUGGGCUUUGCUGGCAGAAUUUGGUUGGUAGGGGAAGUAGAGAUAAUUUAUAUUUAUAACAAGUUUCUAACAGAGGCUGAUCACAUUCUGAUCAUAGUCACUUAUACAGACUGGAUAUUUGCUGGUAGCUUUUGAACAUGGUGUGCUCUGGGAAAGCUAAAGCUAAAGAUGUCAUCCUUGGUUUUAUCUUUUUCUUAUUAAUAACCUUCUGGAGUUUAGCUUGAACCCCUAAAUAUGGAAUAAUCUCCCACAUGAAACUUGAAAGAGUGAAGGAUACAGUUAGUAAGGCAGAGUUGAGAAUUAAAGCCUCUUUUCCUACUAAAAUAUGCAGCUUCAACUUUUUAGAUGUUGACAGAGUCUUUGUGUGUAUUACAUUUGCAGAAUAUAUGUUCAAAAAUUUUAACAAAUGCCUCUGAAUCAUUAAAAUGACAAGUCAUUUUACUGUUAUUCGGAAUUGUUGCAAACACAUAGUCAUUAUGUUUCAGAUUAUUGAGAGUCAUCUGCAGGAAAAUGAGUAAAUGCAUUGUGUGACUUUGAACAAAUUAGCACUUUCUGACUGAAAGGGGCAUUUGUAGAACCAAAGCAAAGGCUUUUGUUUGGAGUUAAAUUUGGAAUGCUAAAACCCUUAUCUCAGGACUUGUACAUAAGGUUAAAAGUUGGAUGUCCAACUGAAAGUUCUGCUUUUUGCUCUUUCGGGUCUUGGCUCUAAGAUGACCAAAAAAAGACGCAACAACGGCUGUGCUAAAAAGGGCCUUGGCCAUGUGCAGCCAAUUUGCUGCAUGAACUGCACCCAGUGCGUGCCCAAGGACAAGGCCAUUAAGAAGUUUGUCAUUGGGAACAUUGUAGAGGCCACUGCUGUCAGGGACACAUCCGAAGCCAGCGUCUUCGACACUUACGUGCUUCCCAAACUCUAUUUCAAGCUGCACUACUGUGUGAGCUGUGCUAUUCAUAGCAAAGUAGUCAGGAAUCGAUCUCAGGAAGCCCGGAAGGACCGAACAUCCCCACCACGAUUUAGACCUGCUGGUGCUACACCACGACCGCCACCAAAGCCCAUGUAAAGAGGUGGCUUCAUAAAGACAGAAGAAAAAACACCUUUAAAAAAUAAAAUGGGACUUUAUGUAGCAAAAAAAAAAAAAAAGAAGAAGAAAGUUUUUUUGUUUUGUUUUUUUG